GAUAUUUUGAAGAGGAGGAAGUAGGUAAAAUAGUUGAAAGUGGAAGUGAAGAGGAUGAAAGGGGAAGUAAAGAGGAUGAGGAGGAAAACGAAGAGAAUAACGAAAGGGAAAAUGGAAAAAAUGAGCAUGAUGAUAGGUAUGAUGAAAUGAAUAAAAAUAAUGAAGAUAAAGAGAAUGAAGAAAAUGACAGAAGAAAUAAUGAAGAUGAGCAUGAUGAGUAUGAUGAGUAUGAUGAAGUGAAUAAAGAGAAUGAAGAGGAGGAUGAAGAGAUGGAUGAAAAUGGUGAAGAAAAUGAUGAAAAUGAUGAAGAGAAGAAUGAAGAAGAUGAGCGUGAUGAUGAUGAUAACGAAAAUGAUGAUAGUUAUUAUAGAAUCGAGAAUGAAGAUGAGAAUAGGAAAGGUAUUAAUAAAAGUGGUGAAAAAAUAAUAGAAAAGAAAAUUGAUAAUCAUUUAUUACCACAGCAGCUACCUAAAAAUUAA